AUGUUUCUAGCACCAAGACUUGCCAGGAAAUACUGCCGGAUCCAGAAGUUUGCCCCUGACCAGAACAGCACGCAAGUCAAACAGGCAAUCUUGCCGUUCUAUGCCAAGCUGGUAUCCGCCUACCGGCAGAUGUCCAGCUGGGCAGAGAAGCAUCAGGUCUUCGGGGCCAGCCUCCACGCCCUCCAGGUGAUGCUCCUGAAAGCGAAUGCCUUCGACCGCUACGUUCCGGUUGAGCAUCUCUCCAGCAUGGCCUUUGCGGCACACGCCGUGGAGCGCAAGUUCCAGGAGGAGAUCAAGGUGAGGAGCGACGCCUACUUGAUUCGGUACCAAUUCGUGGAGGCCAUGCUGCGAAUGGCUGAGGCGAAAUACCUUCGCACCGCCAAGGCAUCCGACCUCAGCGAGGCUGUAACCAUGCUGAUGUCGCAACACUUGCUCGAGGAGUUCUCGCCCAUCUAUCAGCAGGAGCAGCAGUUCCUCAUGGACAUCAUGACAGAGGAGGUCGACUACGUCUUCAAGAGCAACCUGAGUGUGCUGAAUGCGGCCUUUCUUAUCUAUGCAGGCUCUGUGGACACACCAGCUGAGAUGCCUUACGUCAAAGACCAGAUGUCCAAAACCAAAAG